AAUUGUCUCUCAAAAACAUAGUAGCAUUAAACUCCUUAUUUUCCCUCAUUACAUGACAUACAUAACAAUGUCCAAUAUCUAUUUGAUUUUCCCACUUUUAUUUGUGUCUUCUUUCUUUUUCCCAUCCACCAAUGGCUACUCUCAGGCAGCCAUAAAAUUUUGGUGUAUCCAAACACCUCACCCACAACCUUGUGAAUACUUCUUGACACAAAAUCCUAAAUAUUCAACUCCUAUCAACAAAAAAUCCGAUUUUCUCAAAGUGUCACUAGAAUUAGCCCUAGACCGUGCCUUACGUGCCCAAACGAACGCAUAUUCACUAGGUUCAAAAUGUCGUAACGAGCGUGAAAAAGCUGCAUGGGCUGAUUGUCUUGAACUAUAUGAAAAUACUAUCCACAAGAUCAAAAGCACAGUUGGUCCAAAUACUAAAUGCACAGCUGCUGAUGCUCAAUCAUGGUUAAGUACAGCCUUAACCAACCUCGAAACAUGCAGAGCUGGUUUUGAAGAACUUGGGGUCACGGAUUAUGUGAUGCCAUUAAUGUCAAAUAAUGUUUCAUCUUUAAUUAGUAACACUUUGUCUUUGAACCAUGGUUACUAUACUGAGCCAACUGCAACUCAAGUAGAUGGUUUUCCAACUUGGGUUGCACUUGGUGAUCGGAAACUAUUGCAAUCAUCUUCUCCAGCAUCUCAGGCUAAUAUAGUUGUUGCAAAAGAUGGUUCGGGGAAUUUCAAGACUGUGAAAGAAGCUGUUGCUGCUGCUGGCAAGAGGAAAGGAAGUGCAAGGUUUGUGAUAUAUGUGAAGGCAGGAAUUUACAGCGAAAAUGUGGAUUUAGGAUCUAAGUUGAAGAAUAUAAUGUUAGUUGGAGAUGGAAUUGGAAAGACAAUUAUCACAGGAAGCAAGAGUGUUGGAGGAGGAUCCACCACCUUCAAAUCAGCCACUGUUGCCGUUGUCGGUGAUGGAUUUAUUUGUCGAGGCAUAACAAUUAGGAACACUGCUGGGCCCACAAACCACCAAGCAGUAGCUCUUCGAUCUGGCUCAGACCUUUCAGUAUUUUAUCAAUGUAGUUUUGAGGGGUACCAAGACACUCUUUAUGUCCACUCUGAUAGACAAUUUUACAGAGAAUGUGAUAUUUAUGGUACAGUUGAUUUCAUAUUCGGAAACGCAGCAGUUGUGUUACAAAAUUGUAACAUUUUUGCUAGAGAUCCUCCAAACAAGACCAACACUGUGACAGCACAAGGGAGAAGUGAUCCAAACCAAAACACUGGAAUUUCAAUUCACAAUUGUAGAGUCACAGCUGCUUCGGAUUUAAAGGCUUCUAAAAACUCAGUUAAGACAUAUUUAGGAAGGCCAUGGAAACAAUAUUCACGUACUGUUGUCAUGAAAACGUUCCUCGAUAGCUUGAUUCAACCAGAUGGUUGGAUGCCAUGGAGUGGUACUUUCGCGCUGAAAACAUUGUACUAUGGAGAAUACUUGAACACUGGUCCUGGCUCGUCAACUGCAAAUAGGGUUAAAUGGGGUGGUUAUCGUGUUAUUACAAGUGCUGCUGAGGCAUCCAAAUUCACACCUGCUAAUUUCAUUGCUGGAAAUUCUUGGUUGCCAGCCACCAACGUGCCAUUCACUUCUGGUCUUUGAUUUUGUUUUAAUCUUAUAAUAUCGACUUUGUUGUGUAUUACUAUAUAUACCGAUUUGAAUUGUCAAUUUAUAAGUAGCAUCAACAUAAUAAAUUGUUGCUCAAAAAGAAAUGUGAAAUUGAGCAACUGGCUUGUAUUUGUUGUAUCCUCCUUUAAUUUGUUUGUAUUAUCAAUUCUUUCUGAAUUAGCACGAAGAAUUGUUGGAAUAAGAAUCAUCCUUUACUAAACUUCAA